ACUCUCCAAUUUCCACGCCUAAGUGAAGCCGUGUUCCUAUCUGCCGGUUGCCGUUGAAUAAGAACAUUCCCUCCCACGAAAACCAGAAAGAAGGAAUCUGAAAAGCGAUUUCCCUUUUGCAAAGUCUCGAAUCUCAUUUCCAUUCUGUGCAGCAGCGGCGGAAUUCAGAGCCAGUGCAUGUGCUACACUUGUUCAGCUUUAUCUGUCGAAUGUUCGGCUUUUGCAUCGAAUUAUUGGCUUUUCGUCACUAUAUAAGUGCCCGAGGCGCUAGAGGCUAACCACGCUGCGAUCGCAUGUGCAAGAGUCGGAGUACGGUUGGUGUCUCUCCUCGCAAAUUGAAUUUCUCUAGGGGUUUUUCCGCAUCUUUUACGAUCCAGUGUCAGAGUUUCAACAACUUCUAAUCCAUUAUGGGUUUCGUGGGUGAUGGAUUCAAGGAGAAUGUUGAGCAGACUGAUGUUGGAGCAGUGAUACGCGGUGGGAGAGAAAUUUUAUUGCAGGCCUUCAACUGGGAGGCUCAUAAACAUGAUUGGUGGAGAAAUCUAGAGAACAAGGUUCCUGAUAUUGCGAAGUCUGGAUUUACAUCAGCAUGGUUACCACCAGCAACUCAUUCCUUUUCACCUGAAGGGUACCUUCCUCAAAAUCUAUAUUCUCUCGAUUCUUCAUAUGGCUCUAAACAUCAGUUGAAAGUUUUACUUUCAAAAAUGAAGCAACACAAAGUUAGAGCAAUGGCUGACAUAGUCAUCAAUCAUCGCAUUGGGACUACCAUUGGCCAUGGUGGCAUGUACAACCGUUAUGAUGGGAUUCCAUUAUCGUGGGAUGAACGUGCUGUGACACAUUGUACUGGUGGAUUGGGUAGUCACAGCACUGGGGACAACUUCCAUGGGGUUCCAAAUAUUGAUCAUACCCAGCUCUUUGUUCGAAAAGACAUAAUUGGAUGGCUAAAAUGGCUACGGAAUACAGUUGGCUUCCAAGAUUUCCGUUUUGAUUUUGCAAGAGGUUAUUCAGCAAAAUAUGUCAAGGAAUAUAUUGAAGGCACAAAGCCUUUGUUUUCUGUUGGUGAAUAUUGGGAUUCGUGCAAUUACAAUGGUCACCGCUUGGAUUAUAACCAAGAUAGUCAUAGGCAGCGAAUUAUCAAUUGGAUUGAUGGCACUGGGCAGCUUUCAGCUGCAUUUGAUUUCACAACAAAGGGGAUUCUUCAGGAAGCUGUGAAGGGAGAAUUCUGGCGCCUACGUGAUCCUCAAGGAAAACCACCGGGAGUGAUAGGAUGGUGGCCCUCAAGGGCUGUCACUUUCAUUGAUAACCAUGAUACAGGCUCAACUCAGGCUCAUUGGCCUUUUCCCUCGCAUCAUAUCAUGGAGGGAUAUGCAUAUGUACUCACUCACCCAGGGAUGCCAUCAGUUUUCUAUGACCAUUUUUACGAUUGGGGCAACUCCAUUCACGACCAAAUUGUGAAGCUGAUCGACGUUAGGAAGCGUCAAGAUAUCAACAGCCGGUCAUCUAUUAAGAUUCUUGAAGCGCAGUCGAAUCUCUACUCCGCAAUUAUCGGGGAGAAAGUGUGCAUGAAGAUUGGAGAUGGCUCGUGGUGCCCUGCCGGCAGGGAGUGGACACUAGCCACUUCUGGCCAUAGAUAUGCAGUCUGGCACAAGUCCUAAACGUAUGUCUCUCACCUUAUUUCUUGCCCAUCUCACUCACUCCGUUCUAGGUUGAUGUUUCCGUUGUAUAAUAGCACAAAUCUAGUUUCAAUAAAACGUGCAAUUCUCCAGGCUGCUGCGGAGAUUGAGUUAGUUGAGUAUUAUGUAUCCUCUGGAAAUUUGAAUAAAAGAUAGUGGUGAAGGCAUAUUUACUAA